AUGACUAUUGAAGAGGAAGGCGGAAGUAAUGUCGAGCGGCUGUUUAUCUCCUCCCGAGACGAUAAAGCAACGACGACUACGCCGCGAGAGCACAAGUCGGUGCGAUACAGUCAACAAGUGGUGCUGUAUGGCACAUGCCGGAUGUUAUUCGUGUCUCGUACGCCACACGCCACGCUGCCGGCUCUCGUGGUGAUCCUGUCGCUGCUGCUUGAUGCGAAGUUCUGGGUGGGGCGAGGGGACAAGCCCUCUCCGCAAGGAAUCCGCAUACCCGACGAGAACGGCAAGGAAGCGCCGCUUAGAAAAUACGACAAGAAGACCAUCGUGCUCACUCUGCCCGGCGAGCUGACGGUGUUCGACAUCGGCCACUUCGGCGUGUGGUGCGAGGCGUUCACAGUAAACUUCGGGCACGUGCUUCUGCCGCACGCGCAGCUCGCCAACGUGCCCCCCUCUCUCAAGAUGCUCGGCGUCUCCCCUCAAUCGAAGCUGAACUGCGAGGUGCUGUUCGACGAGCUGGCGUUCGAGGUGCGCUGGGCGGUGGCCGGAGACAGUAUUGUGCUCCAGCUCGUGGCUAAGUUAGAGGAUGGAGAAUACAUGUCGUUCGGCCUGUCGGGAUCUGACGGCCAUUCACAAAUGGUGGGCGGCGACGUUGCAGUGGCCUGGGUGGACAAGGCGACACUCAAGGGAUACGCUCACGACUAUUACCUCGACGCCAAAAGCCAGUGCGCUGGAGUGAGAGGCUCGUGCCCGGAUGAGAGGCUUGGGGAGAAGACAAACUCGAUCCGUCUGCUGAACGCUGCUUUGGUGAACGGCUACUCGAUCGUGACGUACCAGCGCAGCCUGCGCGCCGCUGAUGAGCUGGACCGGCCGGUGUUCACAAAUCGGUCGCAGCCCAUCAUCUGGGCGCUCGGUCCGCUCAAUUCACGUGACGAGGUCUCCUACCAUCACCAUUUCACCAAGGGCGACAAAUUCAUCGAGUUCGGGCGUCCGCCGCUGUGGAACUGUCCCAUGCCGGAGGGCGAAGACGAGACGCGCCCUUCUACCAGUAAUGCAUCCCAAGCAUCUUCUGCCGAAGAAACCAAAGUAAAAAUCAAGCCGAAUCCAGUCCCGACGCCGGCACCUACGCCGAGUGUACAGCCAUGGGAGAUUCCUGCCAUCCAGUGCUACGAGCCUCCGGAUGGCGUGUUCUACGCCCAAAUGGGUCCCACGGGCGGCAAGCAGGGUUACUCUGCCAUCACAGGCCAUGUGGGCUGGGGUAUUUCAUGGUAUAUCAACGGGCUGCUCAUUCCCGAGAUCACGGUGGUGCGCGGCAAGCGAUACACGUUCGUCGUCGAGGGUGGAUCUGACCCCGACGUGCCAGCGAGAUAUCAUCCUUUCUAUAUCACUAACGACCCUGUUGGAGGUUACUACCAUAAAACGGAUGAGGAGAAAAAGAGCGUGGACAUCUAUGCGGGCGUACGGCGCACGCGUAGCGGCGAACUGUUGCCUACGGGCGUAGGCCGAUUGUGUAACUGGACGCCCGACACGGCGGGUCCUGAGGCUGACGAGUUCCCUAGCUUUGGCGCCUAUCAGCGCAGCCUCACCCUUAUCUGCGAGGAGGGCAACCCCGGCGUUGUUACGUGGAUUCCUGACAAGAACACUCCAGAUACUGUCUACUAUCAGUGCUUUACACACCGAUAUCUCGGUUGGAAGAUAAACGUUGUGAACGAAUGUGAUUACGAAGCCGAAGAAAGCACACUGGUGCAGACAGUUUUGAAUCACGAGUCGCCCGAACCAGAUCUAGAGCAAGAGGAGUCGAUACAGGUACAUAGUCGAGUCAGACCGGACUCUAACUUUCUUGAUGAGCGCAGGAAAAUCGAGAAAAUAAUCAACACGAAAACGAAUUAUAACGAUUUCAGUAGCGAAAAAGUCAGCGUCGGCCUUACGGGUGAAAUACUUAGACCGGAGAGCGAAAGGAACCCGUUGCAUAACCAACCACAGGAGUAUGAAUUGCCACCGAUAAUAACCAAUGGACAGAUUCGCGACGUCAUCGAGGCAGUGGAGAGUCUGGAGAACAGCAUGAAGGAACAUGCUCAGAGGAAUAUCUCGCAGCCUUCACAGCAUCGUUAUCAGGUGUACGAGAACGUUAAGGAGAUGUUCGUACCAGAACAGCCUGUGCACGAAGAGGACGAAUACGUUGUUGAGAAAGGAAAGGUGCCCAACAGUUACUUUUUGCCACCAAAUCAAAAACCUUUGACACUCCAAAGUGUACUUAAGCCAAAUGGCCCAAAUAAGAUGAAUGGCAACAUGCGCCCUCCCUUCCGUCGACCUGUACCACCAGAGAUUAAGCUACGCAGGCCACCACCUCAUUCGAUGAACCAGAAACAUACCGGCGGUUUCCCACUACCCAUGCCGAACCAUCAUGGGCUUCAUGGAAUGCCGAAAAAACCUUACAACAAGCCACCUUUCUAUAGAAAUCCACCAAAUAAUCGUCCGCCGUUGCAGCAGUCACCCAGUGGCACUUCACCAAUGAAUAGGUCUCCUGUAAACCACCAAUCCCCAACACAUCACCCCAAACCUAUGUUCAAUAAGAUUCCGUUCCAGUCACCCCCAACACAGAAACCUCAAAUAAUAAAAGUGUACAAACCACCCAAUAGUCCUGUUCAAUCCAUAAUUAUGGGUAAACCUACUCCCGGCAAUGUUCUACUGCCCUCUCAAAGCCAAACAUUGAAUUUGGGUCGCACCGACAUAAUUGCUAACCAAAUAGUAAAAUCACAAAUUAUGCUACCGGGCACUAGUGAUUCGAUUGGUCAAUCAAGUAUUCAGCAAUCAUUCAUAAACCAGCCUGGACAGAUAAUUCUCGGCAAACCGAUGGACCACCCAGUGCCUUUAGAUCAACAGAUGGCUCCCACUAAACUUCAUGUUGUAAAUUCUCCUACACCACCUCCAGAGUCUAGGUCCUCUACUUAUCGUAUCCGUUUACUCGGUGAUAAAUUGCCAGCGCUAGCAAGCGAUAUCAAGUCUUCAGAUUUCAUCGGUGAAUUCACUGAACCUUCAACGUUGCGUCCUGCAGUAAAUACGGGUUUCAAACCAAACACUAUUGUUAUUGAAAGCGGCUUCAAGCCUAUCAUCAGAGAACCUUUGAUGGAUAGAUCGAGUGACUACGAUACUGAUAACAAAUCUAAUAUGAAUAGGAGAGAAGACACCGAUGUGGAAGAAGAUUAUGAGGAAUCACCGCAACCAAUUGCAAACCAUGCCUACAAAACACCCAGUGAUAAGAUCACAGAGACCUUCGAACCCAUGUUCAUUCCCUCGCCUCCCGACUAUUUGCUUCAAACUAAUGAUCGAACUAAAGAAGUAUUCCCAAAAAACCACGCAAAAGAAGAUAGACCGCACCCGGUAUACAUGAAAUCGGAGAGUAAGCUAAACACCUUGUUCAGCCAACAAAAUAUGGAAAAAGAGGUACCAUUGGACAUGGUUAUGGAAUCUGAUAGAGUUAGUCCACAAUAUUUGCCGCCGGACCCAAAACUACCUAACGAACAAUCUCAGAAAUUGACGAAAAAUGAACAGACUUAUACUACUUACGACGGUAAAACGAUAUCUGCUGCCACCCUCACCAGCGUACCAGAUAUUAAACCGUUAGGUCCAAAGCUUUACUCUUCAAAAUUACCAGCUAACACCGAGCUUUUGCUGAAGACACCACAAUUCGGACCAUUCAAAGGUGAAAUACCACCACUAAUGAAUGGACCACUGGCUAUUAUCCCUCAUAAUGAUACACAAAAACCAAUAAUAGAUACGAAAAUCACACACUUGAAGUUGGUGAACGCAUUCCAACCAGAAAACGAAGCAAAAAUUGACGACUUGACAGCUGAAGGUAGCGAGAAGCGUGAAGUGACGACGAAAAGCAGUGACAAAGGUGAAGUGACUACAGAAAACGAUAAAGAAGAGGAGGAGUAUGGAGAAGGUGGUGACUCUGAAAGUUACGAAGGUGAAGAGGAAACCGUGAGGAAAAGGCGUCGAAGAGACACUAAGGCAACUCAGUUUGAAAGAGGUGAAGUUGAAGAACAAACAAAUAAGAAAAUAAGUGGUGAUACGAAAAAUCAGAUAGACUUCCGUAAAACAUCAAAUAAUGCGUCCAAACUAAAUUGGUCCAGCUUAAUUUUAUUAUCAGUAUGUCUUAAACUCGUUUAAACUAUGUAAACUAUUUAUUUAUUUAAUAUUAAAUUAUGUAAGCCUUG